UAAACCUGUCGCCGAUAGUUGCCUGCUUCACACAAAAUUCCUUCCUUUUUUUUUUGUUUAUACUUGAAAGGCAGCAGUUGUUUUGUAAAAUUGUAAAAUGUUGAAUGGACAGAUCACACACAGUUAUGUGGGCAACACGUGCAGCGUGAUGAUACCACAUCCACAUGCCAAGGAAAAACCAAAGUCCAACACGCCAACACUGGAGCUGGGCUGUUGUGUGACAGGGACAGGGGUACGGCCAGCGACGCAGGGUGAGGAGGCAGAGACAGUGACUGCGACAAAGACGGAGAAGACGACAGCAACAACGACAGCGACGGAGACAGCAAAGACGACAACGACUGCGAAGACAACAGCGAUGUCGACGGCGACUUUGACGUCGACGACGACUGCAACUGCGAAGACGACAGCGACGCUUGCUUCGAAACAUGUGAAUUUGGAUCGCAUAAGGAACGUCGACAUAUUUAUUGGCGACCACGAUUUAUAUUUUUAUGCCGAUGUCAAGCUAUACAAAUUUCACAGUCGUCGCACUUUCGAUUUGCGAGGACUCAAGACGUUGUAUAUCAAAUACGACACACAGGAGAAUUGCUAUCAACUGUUUUUGCGCUGCCUGCCGCCAGUUGCAAGUGCGAGCAGUGGCGGGGACGCAGGCAGCGUCACAGCUGGCAGCAGCAGCGCCACCGCUGGCAGCGGCGCAGGCAGCAGCAUGAUGCACAAACCAAAGACAGCUCGCAAGGAGUACCUCGCAGCGUUGUUCAAUCGGCCCAAGCUAACGGACAGCAUUCACGAGAAGGAUCCGCUGUUGGUGCACGAGUGGAAAAUGAAACGCAUAACAGAACAGUGCCAAUUGCAGGUGGAUGCCAACGAGCGCACCUACAAAAUGAUUAGCCAAUUUCGAUAUGGCUACGCCAGCCGCUUCAGUGGUCCACUCCUGGCCAACGAGCUGGACAAGUCCACGUGCCGCAUUUCCGAACCGGAGCGCCUCAGUCCGCUGCAGCGACGCAUGGAACGCGUUGCGGAUGAGCUGAAACGCUUCUCGUGUGAUCAAUACAAAAUAAACUUUGUGGAGCUGCAGGUGCCAGCUGGACAUCAGAAUCCGUUGCGCUACAAGCCCAAAAUCUACGAGACGUCCAUGACACAGGAACAGGCGCAUUUGUUGCACAAUCUAUGCAGUCGCAACACAAACACAACAACAACGACAACAGCCACAAUCGAUGAGGAAUGCUCAGCUGUGACGCAGAAUGAGAUCGAUUUUGGCCUGAUUAGCAUUGUGCUGGCCAUUUGCUAUGAUGUGCGAACGACCAGCAAUGAGCCCACCUGCGAAUCAGGCUGGACACGGAGUAUUCUGUGUCCGCUCUUCUGUUACUUCGAGCAGUUCGACAAUUAUCGGGAUGUGCUGGUGGCAUUUCUGCGCCGUGUCAUCACCUAUCCGUUGUAUCGCAACUUUGAGCUGGGGCGUCAAUGUGUCCGGGAUGCCAUCGAGGUGCUGAAGGGCGGUCGCAAUUGGCUGAUCAAUCAGCUGCUGUUGACCCACCAGCAAUUUGCCAGUGGCGAACCGUGUCGCGAUAGUUUCAACAGCCAUUAUCUGGAGGAUUACAUACGCUACUUGAGCAAUGCGACGUUGUGCAGCGAUGAGCAUCUGCGUCUGUUGGCGCGCAACGUGAAGAAUAUUCUUAUGGAUGUGAGCAAGCGGCAUUUGGAUCUGGGCAUCAUUGAGAUUGAGACUGAACUGAUCCACGAACUGAUGCAGGAGAUGCGCAUCGAUGCGAGCAGCGGCAGUGAAUCGCCAACGCAGCACCAGAGCAAUCAGGGUGAUGAUGACAUGGAUCUGGAUAACGAUACGUCUGGUCAGGAGGAUGAGACCACUACGGAUGAUGAUAGCGUUAUUACGGACUCCUUUGACAGCAUGGAUUUGCGCCUGAUUGAGAACGAUGUGUAUGCUGUGGACGAGGGCGAUGAAGCGGAUGUCGAUGAUGGCGAAGAGGAGCAAUCAGAGGUGGACGAUGAUGAGGAUGAUGAUGAUGAUGACGACGACGAUGAUGAUGAUGAUGAUGAUGGCGACAGCAACUCAUCGACGACAACCACUAGCGAUGCGGAGGGCAACAGUGUCAUCGAGCAGUGCACCAGCAACAGUGAGGCAGCCGCAAGCAUCAGCGCCAGCACGAGCACCAAAUAAAGCAGAUGAACGUUCCACAUGUUGCCUUUCCAGCCAUGCCUAAGCCAAGCCAAGCCAAGGAUGCCGCCAAGCCAAACCCAAUCCACUUAAUGUCAAUGAACGGAGGCUAAACAGUGAUUACUUUUAUGCGAAAGCUAAACGUAAGAGUUAAAAAUACAGAAACGAAAACAAAUCAAACAAAAUACACACACACACACGCAAAUUGUAAAUUUUGAACACAAGCGAAAAAAAAAUGAAAAACAAACGAAAACAAAAACAAAAAAUAAUUCUAUUUAACUAUUAAUGUGUACAAGGAUUCUAAAGCAAAAUCACAAAGAAUAUUUCAUGCCAAAUGCAAGUUCGCAUAUAUAUGUAUACAUAUAUAAAUAUUAUUAUUUUUGUUCUAUCUUUUUGCUCUACAAUUCUCCCUUAAAUAUAAAUGAAAAACAUUAGCAUUUAGUGUGACACUAGUGUACGAAAAUUUGAAUUUUGAAUUUUGAAUUCUUCAAACCGAAAUCUAGUUGUGCAUUUUGUAUAUUCAUACAUACAUAAGGCUAUAUGUUGUUGGUGCUGCAAGCAAAUUGAAAUAAAAUAUGUAAAGUCAAUCUACAAGUUACCAGUUAAAGUUGUAUAAAUGUCAUACAAGUCAUGGCCAAAACAAA